UUUUGUCGAGACAGCUGAAUAUCACGUGACGUGACGUCUAACCAGCAUGGCGACGCUGAGCUGAGACAGGAACCCUGCUGGACACUGCGAGCCCGCCGUUCGUUAGCUUUCCUCGUCACCUGCAGCCGCGGGUCCUGGCGGAACAUGACGGCCUGAGAGUCCGAGCGAUGCAGCAACCGCGGCCUCCGCAGCAGCACUCGCAGUCUGAGGCGGCAAACAGCAAAACCAAGAGCAUGUUUCUGUCUAGGGCGCUGGAGAAAAUCCUGUCGGAUAAGGAGGUGAAGAGGAGCCAGCACAGCCAGCUGCGGAAAGCCUGUCAGGUGGCGCUCGAUGAAAUCAAAGAAGAACUGGAGAAGCAGAAAGAUGGCACAGUGGUUCCUCCCAAAGCCAACUACAUCGAGGCGGACAAAUACGUGCUGCCCUUCGAGCUGGCCUGUCAGUCGAAGUGCCCCCGCAUCGUCAGCACCUCUCUGGACUGCCUUCAGAAGCUCAUCGCUUACGGUCACAUCACGGGCAACGCUCCGGACAGCCGAAGCCCCGGCAAGAGGCUGAUCGACCGGCUGGUGGAAACCAUCUGCAACUGCUUCCAGGGCCCACAAACGGACGAGGGAGUCCAGCUCCAGAUCAUCAAGGCCCUGCUGACGGCGGUCACCUCCCCGCACAUCGAGAUUCACGAGGGCACGGUGCUGCUCACCGUCCGGACCUGUUACAACAUCUACCUGGCCAGCCGCAACCUCAUCAACCAGACCACAGCCAAGGCCACGCUCACGCAGAUGCUAAACGUCAUCUUCACCCGCAUGGAAAACCAGGCCGCUCUGGAGGCUCAGGAGCAGGAGAUGGAGCGCCUGCGUCUACCCCAGCAGAACCCCUCCCCAGUCCCAGGCAGCCGACGGUCCGGUUCCCCUCGGUCAGACCGAACCCCGACACCAGAACCCCAGAGCUCCCCGUCCCCGGCAGCUAGCAUCCCAGAUCUCACCAACAGCACCCCUUCCCACUCCACCCCCCCACCUGGAGCCCCUGAGCUCAACCAGGACCAGGCAGCGGACCCGCCUCCCGUCAACGGAGAACCUGAGGGGGGCGUGGCUCCGAUGAACGGAGAAGAGCGUGUCACGCCGUCCAGAGACUCUGUUUUUGAAGACGACGCUGCAGAGAUUCAUCCAACAGCAUCAGAACAAACUGAGAGGGAGGAGCAACGAGACGGCGAAUCAAAUCCAGCAGAGCAGGAGGAAGAGAGUCAGUCCAACCUCGGGGGAACAGGUGAGGAGGCCCCGGCCCCCGCCCCACCUGAACAGACGGAGGUCACCCCGCCCACAUUCAGGACAGAAGGUCAGCAGAUGAACGGCUUCAUCGAGGACCGCUCCUCCGUUUCCUCCACGGACAUGCUGGACGCUGAAGCUCUGCAGGGUCCGCACAGCUCCGCGCGCUUCUCUCACAUCCUGCAGAAAGACGCCUUCCUGGUGUUUCGCUCUCUGUGCAAACUCUCCAUGAAGCCGCUUGCUGACGGACCUCCAGACCCCAAGUCUCAUGAGCUGCGUUCAAAGAUCGUUUCCCUCCAGCUGCUGCUCUCCGUGCUGCAGGGGGCCGGUCCCGUCUUUCGCACCCACGAGAUGUUUGUGAACGCCAUCAAGCAGUACCUGUGCGUGGCUCUGUCCAAAAACGGCGUGUCGUCUGUGCCCGAAGUGUUCGAGCUGUCGCUGGCCAUCUUCCUCACACUGCUCUCCCACUUCAAGGUCCACCUGAAGAUGCAGAUCGAGGUGUUCUUUCGGGAGAUCUUCUUGACCAUCUUGGAGACUUCAACCAGCUCCUUUGAGCACAAGUGGAUGGUGAUCCAGACGCUCACGCGCAUCUGUGCAGACGCUCAGUGUGUGGUCGACAUCUACGUAAACUACGACUGCGACUUGAACGCCGCUAAUAUUUUUGAGCGUCUUGUAAACGAUCUGUCCAAGAUCGCUCAGGGGAGGAGUGGCCAGGAGCUCGGGAUGACUCCUCUGCAGGAGCUGAGUCUGCGUAAGAAGGGCCUGGAGUGCCUCGUCUCCAUUCUCAAAUGUAUGGUGGAGUGGAGCAAAGACAUGUACGUCAAUCCAAACCUUCAGACCAACCUGGGUCAGGAGCAUCCGUCUGACGGCGAGGGGGUGGAGCUAAAGCUCCCGGAGCAGCUGGCCGGCCGCCGAGACAGCAUCAGCUCGCUGGACUCCACCGUCUCCAGCAUCCCCAUGUCGCAGGCGGACCACCCGGAGCAGUACGAGGUCAUCAAGCAGCAGAAGGACAUCAUCGAGCACGGCAUCGAACUUUUCAACAAGAAGCCGAAGCGUGGCAUGCAGUACCUGCAGGACCAGGGCAUGCUGGGCACCACCGCUCAGGACGUGGCCCAGUUCUUACAGCAGGAGGACCGACUGGACACAACGCAGGUGGGAGAGUUCCUGGGUGAGAACAACAAGUUCAACAAAGAGGUGAUGUACAGCUACGUGGACCAGCUGGACUUCUGCGGGCGGGACUUCGUCUCUGCCCUCAGAGCCUUCCUGGAAGGGUUCAGGUUGCCCGGGGAAGCCCAGAAGAUCGACAGGCUGAUGGAGAAGUUUGCUGCUCGCUACCUUGAAUGUAACCAGGGGCAGACCUUGUUUGCCAGUGCAGACACCGCCUACGUGCUGGCGUACUCCAUCAUCAUGCUCACCACCGACCUGCACAGUCCUCAGGUAAAGAACAAAAUGACUAAAGAGCAGUACAUCAAGAUGAACCGCGGCAUCAACGACAGUAAGGACCUCCCAGAGGAGUACCUCUCCUCCAUUUACGAUGAGAUCGCCGGCAAAAAGAUUGCGAUGAAGGAGAGCAAAGAGUUUUCCAUCACUCCCAAGUCGAGCAAGCAGAGUGUGGCCAAUGAGAAGCAGCGCCGUCUUCUGUACAACAUGGAGAUGGAGCAGAUGGCGAAGACCGCCAAGGCUCUGAUGGAGGCGGUGAGCCACGCUCAGGCGCCGUUCUUCAGCGCCAAACACCUGGAGCACGUCAGGCCGAUGUUCAAGCUGGCGUGGACUCCGUUGCUGGCGGCGUUCAGCGUGGGACUUCAGGACUGUGACGAUCCAGAGGUGGCCUCGCUGUGUCUGGAGGGCAUCAGAUGUGCCAUCAGGAUCGCCUGCAUCUUCAGCAUGCAGCUGGAGCGAGAUGCUUAUGUCCAGGCCUUGGCCCGGUUUACUCUGCUGACCGCCAGCUCCAGCAUCACCGAGAUGAAGCAGAAGAACAUUGACACCAUCAAGACGCUGAUCACUGUGGCUCACACUGACGGGAACUACCUGGGCAACUCCUGGCACGAGAUCUUGAGGUGCAUCAGUCAGCUGGAGCUGGCCCAGCUGAUCGGGACCGGGGUGAAGACGCGUUACAUCUCAGGAGUGGUUCGGGACCGGGACAGCGGCAUCAGGGGCUUACCUGCAGGCACAGAGGAGUUCAUGCCCCUAGGGCUCGGAAACCUGGUGGGAAGUCAGGACAAGAAGCAGAUGGCUCACAUCCAGGAGUCUGUGGGAGAGACCAGCUCUCAGAGUGUUGUUGUCGCCGUGGACAGGAUCUUCACGGGCUCCACCAGGCUGGACGGGAAUGCGAUCGUGGACUUUGUGCGGUGGCUCUGCGCCGUGUCCAUGGACGAGCUGGCCUCCACACACCAGCCCCGCAUGUUCAGCCUGCAGAAGAUCGUGGAGAUCUCCUACUACAACAUGAACCGCAUCCGGCUGCAGUGGUCUCGCAUUUGGCAGGUGAUAGGAGAUCAUUUCAACAAGGUGGGCUGUAACCCCAACGAGGACGUGGCCAUCUUUGCGGUGGACUCUCUGCGGCAGCUCUCUAUGAAGUUCUUGGAGAAAGGAGAACUGGCCAACUUCCGCUUCCAGAAGGACUUUCUCAGGCCUUUCGAGCACAUCAUGAAGAAGAACAGGUCUCCCACCAUCAGGGACAUGGUGAUCAGGUGCGUGGCUCAGAUGGUCAACUCGCAGGCGGCCAACAUCCGCUCCGGCUGGAAGAACAUCUUCUCCGUGUUUCACCAGGCCGCCUCCUCCCACGAUGAGACCAUCGUGGAGCUGGCCUUCCAGACCACCGGUCACAUCGUCAUGAACACCUUCCAGGAACACUUUGCAGCAGCUAUCGAUUCGUUCCAGGAUGCAGUGAAGUGUUUGUCAGAGUUUGUUUGCAACGCAGCUUUCCCCGACACCAGCAUGGAGGCCAUCAGACUCAUCCGACACUGCGCCAAAUACGUCGCCGAAAGGCCGCAGGCCCUGAGGGAGUACACCAGUGAUGACAUGAACGUUGCCCCCGGCGACCGGGUGUGGGUUCGCGGCUGGUUUCCCAUCCUGUUUGAGCUCUCCUGCAUCAUCAACCGCUGCAAGCUGGAUGUUCGGACCAGAGGUCUCACCGUCAUGUUUGAGAUCAUGAAGAGUUACGGACACACCUUUGAGAAGCACUGGUGGCACGACCUCUUCAGGAUCGUCUUCCGCAUCUUCGACAACAUGAAGCUUCCAGAGCAGCAGACCGAGAAAACGGAGUGGAUGACAACGACGUGUAACCACGCUCUCUACGCCAUCUGUGACGUCUUCACGCAGUUUUACGAGCCGCUCAGUGAAAUCCUGCUGGCGGACAUUUUCACGCAGCUGCAGUGGUGCGUCCGACAAGAUAAUGAACAGCUGGCUCGGUCCGGAACCAACUGCCUUGAAAACCUGGUGAUCCUGAACGGCGAGAAGUUCAGCCCCGAGGUGUGGAACAUCACCUGCUCCUGCAUGCUGGAGAUUUUCCAGAACACCUGCCCCCACGCGUUGUUGACUUGGCGACCGGCUGGACAGGAUGAGGAGGCCGCCGACAGCAAGCACUUUGACGUCGACUUUGAUACUCAGUCCCAGAGCAGCUUUGACAGAGCUCUGUCUGAGAGAGGUCACAGCCAAAUGUCCAGCGACGACACCUGGAAGGGAAAGUCCAACGCUCGAGUUUCUGACCAGAGGCUUUUCGCGGGGCUCCUGAUCAAAUGUGUGGUGCAGCUGGAGCUGAUCCAAACCAUCGACAACAUCGUUUUCUACCCGGCAACCAGUAAGAAGGAGGAUGCUGACAACAUGGCUGCUGCACAGCGGGACGCUCUGGACGAGUCAGAGGCUGGGAGAGGAGAGCCGGAUCAGGGAAUGUACCGACUCAUGACCUCAGCUCACCUCUUCAAGCUGCUCGACUGUCUGCUGGAGUCGCACAACUUCGCCAAGGACUUCAACUCCAACAACGAGCAGAGGACGGCCCUCUGGAGGGCAGGGUUUAAGGGGAAAUCUAAGCCCAACUUGUUGAAGCAGGAGACCAGCAGCCUGGCCUGCAGCCUGAGGAUUCUGUUCCGGAUGUACUCAGACCCUCAGCUGCAGGAUUCGUGGCCUGACAUUCAGACUCGCCUGCUUCUGGUGUGCAGCGAAGCUCUGGGAUACUUCAUCAGUCUGACCUCAGAGAGCCACAGAGAGGCCUGGAACAGCCUGCUGAUGCUGCUGCUCACCAGGACGCUGCGGCUACCCGACGACAAGUUUAAGCCCCACGCCUCUUGCUACUACCACCACCUGUGUGAGAUGAUGCAGUUCGACCUGAUCCCCGAGCUGCGAGCCGUCCUCAGGCGCUUCUUCCUGCGCAUCGGCUCCGUCUUCCACAUUGCUGCUCCCGACGGCACCCCCACCCGGACUCCCUAGAAGGCGUGGAGCGCUGGAAUGAACGCCGCUACCCCCCGUUUUGGACUGGACCGUGUUUUCAGAGUCAGAGGGAAGGUUAAGAGACUUUUUCAGCUUUGAUUCUGGACUCUGCGUUGAAAGUGUUGAAGCUUUUCUGAUGUGUGCAGCUUGUAAAAAAACUGAAAAAGAACUACCUGCAACCACCCCCCCACACACCUUCCUUGUUCUUUCUCCUGGGGAUGAACAGCACUGUGACCAGCGCUCUCCACUGACUCACCUCAGCAACCGCAGCAGAAGUCUAAAUUAUUAUUCUUGGUUUGUUGUUUUUUUUUGCAAAAGCUCAAGAUCCGUCAUUUCUUUUUCAUCCCAAAGCAUCACCUGUUAACGUUCUUCUCAUAUCCACAUUCAGUAGCAGGCAAACGUUAUUCUCAAAGAGAACUCUGCAACACUAUCAAAGAUCUCAACUGAUUCAAAAAAUGUAUUUAUUUUGCUGUAAUUUGUUUGAGCUUUUUUUUUUUCCUUUCCGGAAUAAUUGCUGGUUUACAAUGAAAGUUAAACGUUAAUCCAUCCCCUCGUCUCUCAUGCAUUCCUGCUGGUUAACCUGUAAGCCUUACACUUACAACUAGCUCAUAAAACCUCCCGUAGGAUGUCCAGUCAGCUCCCUACUCCUGCACAUCGCUGUUCUUGUGUAUCGGCUUAAAACGCCUGACGGUUUUCAUUGAAAGGAUCGGGGCGAAACCAAAUCCAGCAGUCUGGAUCCUUUGCUGUGUAUUCCAUGCCUUUUUUGAAGGAUGUAUGUAAUUAUUUAAAGUGCAUUUAAAUAUUUUUGAAAGCGUUUCUUCCCUUGCAACUCUGGAUGUCUACUUUUCUUCCCUAAAACUUGGGAACAUAUAAAUAUAUAUAAAUAUAUAUAUAAUGACAAAAACUGUAAAGUUUUCAAUGUAAGAAAUGAAAGAGGGUUCUAUACAUAUUAUUGUGAUGUAAUCUUCCAAACAUCUGGUGACAUGAUCAAUAAACCCGAAUUCUGAUCGAGUGAUGCAGUUCCACAGA